AUGCCUGUUGAGUCGUCACAGAGCAUGAUUCGCCUGGUUGGACUAUCGGCCACAUUGCCAAAUUAUGUUGAUGUGGCCCGCUUUCUCUGUGUUAAUCCUCAACGCGGUCUGUUUUAUUUUGACGCUCGUUUCCGGCCCGUUCCACUUGGCAUGACUUUCAUCGGAGUGCUAGGAACCCGGCGCCAGGCAGAGGCCAAUAUGAACUUGGUCUGCUAUGAUCAGGUGGUUAAGCAGGUCAAGAAUGGAGAGCAGGUCAUGGUCUUUGUGCACGCUCGUGGCGAUACUUACCGAACUGCUCGAUGGCUCCGGGAUAUGGCAAAUCAAAGGACUGAACAGCAUUCCUUUCGACCUUCUUCAUCUGCAGCCUACAUGAACGCAAUGAAACGGGUUUCCCGCUCCUCAGAUCGCGUACUUAAUGAACUGGCAUCUGACGGUUUUGCUUGUCAUCAUGCUGGCAUGCUACGCGCUGACCGUACUCUAGUUGAACAUUUAUUUGCACAAGGUCAUGUUCGUGUGCUUUGCUGCACGGCCACUCUUGCUUGGGGUGUCAAUCUUCCCGCUCACUGCGUCAUUAUUAAAGGAACUCGCGUCUAUAAUGCCGAAAAGGCUGACUUUGUCGACCUGGAUAUCCUCGAUGUACUACAGGUAUUAACAAGACACUUUAAAACCUUUUUUAUCCUCUCCAAACUAGUGAAACAAGUUUAUUUUAGAGGAGUCAGAAGUCGGCCCUAG